AUGCGAAACCAAAGCUUUGUAACUGAGUUCGUCCUCCUGGGGCUUUCGCAGAAUCCCAGUGUUCAGAAAAUAGUAUUUGUUGUAUUCUUGUUCAGCUACAUUGCAACUGUCGGGGGCAACUUGCUAAUUGUGGUGACCGUCAGCAGCAGCCCAGCACUCCUGGGCUCCCCCAUGUACUUCUUCUUGGCUUUCCUGUCCUUCCUCGAUGCUUGCUUCUCCACUGUCAUUGCCCCAAAGAUGAUUGUGGACUCCCUCUAUGAGAGGAAAACCAUCUCCUUUCGAGGUUGCAUGACCCAGCUGUUUGCUGAACACUUCUUUGCUGGGGUGGAAGUGAUUGUCCUCACAGCCAUGGCCUACGACCGCUAUGUGGCCAUCUGCAAGCCCCUACGCUACACAACCAUUAUGAACUGGAGGCUCUGUACUAUUCUGAUGGGUGUAGCCUGGACAGGGGGUUUUCUGCAUUCCAUGAUACAAAUUCUCUUUACUUUCCAGCUUCCCUUCUGCGGCCCCAAUGUCAUUGAUCACUUCAUGUGUGAUUUGUACCCAUUAUUGGAGCUUGCCUGCACUGAUGACACUCACAUCUUUGGCCUUUUGGUGGUCGCCAAUAGUGGGUCUAUCUGCAUUAUAAUCUUCUCUCUGUUACUCGUCUCCUAUGUUGUCAUCUUGCUCUCUCUGAGAACCCACAGUCCUGAAAGGCAGCGGAAAGCCCUCUCCACGUGCGGAUCUCACAUUGCUAUUGUGGUCUUGUUCUUUGUCCCUUGCAUAUUUGUGUAUGCACGACCUCCAUCUGCUUUCUCUUUUGACAAAAUGGUGGCUAUAUUUUACACCAUCCUAACUCCCUUGUUCAAUCCUUUGAUUUACACUUUCAGGAACAAGGAAAUGAAAAAUGCCAUAAAGAAAAUGUGGAACAGAAUAAUGGUGGUUUGUAGUGACAAAUAA